AUGAGGCAGUGUGCAACAUUCUUAUUGACUAUAAAUGUUUCUUUCGGACUCUUUCUCUUCCUCCCUCUACUGUAUUUGGGGCUGGAGCGUUACCAUGGUGUCGGUAUUCUGGGCUUUAACUCUCCAGAGUGGUUCAUCUCAGACAUUGGCUGUAUCCUGGCUGGGGGCUUUGCUGCCGGCAUCUACACCACCAACUCCCCCGAGGCAUGUCUGUAUGUAGCAGACUACUGUGAGGCCAACGUCCUUGUGGUGGAGAACCACAAACAGCUCCUCAAAAUCCUCCAGAUUAAGGACCAGCUUCCACACUUGAAAGCUAUCGUUCAGUACAAGGAUGAACUGCAACAGAAGCUGCCAAACUUGUACACUUGGGCUGAGUUUAUGAAGCUGGGUGAGGAGGUGUCUGAUGAACAGCUGAAUGCUGUGGUGGACAGUCAGAGGGCUAACCAGUGUUGUACGCUCAUCUACACCUCUGGAACCACAGGCAAACCCAAAGGGGUCAUGCUGAGUCAUGACAAUAUCACCUGGACUUCAAAUGCGGCGGGCACCAUGCCAGAUCUGAAACAUGGUGAGGAGGUGGUGGUGAGCUACCUGCCCCUGAGCCAUGUAGCUGCCCAGGUCAACGACAUGUGGAUCGCCAUGAGAUUCGCAGGGGCGACGUAUUUCGCAGAACCAGACGCCCUGAAGGGCUCUUUGGGGAAUACACUGAAAGAGGUGCGCCCCACCAGUUUCCUGGGAGUUCCCCGUGUGUGGGAGAAGAUGCAGGAGAAGAUGAAAGCCAUUGGUGCCAAGUCCUCUGGUAUGAGGAAAAGAGUGGCAGACUGGGCUAAAUCCAUCGGAUUGCAAGCCAGCUACAGUGCCAUGAAUGGUGAGAACCUGUUGCCCUGGGGCUUCAUGCUGGCAAACAACCUGGUGUUUAAGAAGGUUCGCUGGGCCAUGGGCCUGGACCGCUGCAGGAACUGCUUAACAGGAGCAGCACCCAUCACUAAGGAGACCCUGGAGUACUUCAUGAGCCUUAGCCUCCCCUUGUAUGAGCUUUAUGGGAUGAGUGAAAGCACCGGCCCUCACACCAUCUCCUGGGAGAAUAACUUCAAGAUCAUGAGCUGUGGAAAAGUGGUGAUUGGCUGCCAGACAAAGUUAGACAAGCCAGACGAGAAUGGGAAUGGUGAGAUCUGUUUCUUGGGGCGUCAUGUGUUCAUGGGCUACCUGAACGAGCCAGAAAAGACUGAGGAGGCCCUGGACCAGGAGGGCUGGCUGCACUCUGGAGACCUGGGCAAGCACGACAAGGACAACUUCCUGUUCAUCACAGGGAGGAUAAAGGAGCUGAUCAUAACAGCAGGAGGGGAGAAUAUUCCACCUGUGCCCAUUGAGGAUGCAGUGAAAGCAGAGACCGCCAUCAUCAGCAAUGCCAUGUUGCUCGGAGACAAGCUGAAAUUCCUCUCCAUGAUGCUCACGCUCAAAUGUGUAGUCGACGACAAUGGCGAUCCGACGGACGAGCUGACCCCAGAGGCCUUGGCGUUCUGCCAGCAGCGUGGCGUCAUGGCAACCAAGGCCUCUGAGAUUAUAGCCAGUAAGGAGCCAGCUAUUUACAAGGCCAUUCAGGAGGGCAUAGAGCGCGUGAACGCUAAGGCCCCCUCCAACGCCCAGAGGGUCCAGAAGUGGUUUAUUUUGGACAGAGAUUUCUCCAUAUCCGGGGGAGAACUGGGACCUACCAUGAAACUAAAGAGGGGGGUUGUUGUCAAAAUGUUCCAGGAGAAAAUCAACGCUAUUUAUGGAAUGGCACAAGAAUAACAGAGGGACUCAAAAAGGACUGGAGAACAUUGGACUGUUGUAGUUAUUGACCUAUUAAGUGCAUCUGCUCCAUAUCAAUAUUUAAGCUGUUUUUAUGUACAUAAGAUUACACAGCAAUGAUAUUAGCACUUUUCUGUAAAUAUACCAUAUAAUCAUCAUCGCCAAAUCUAGUGUCCACGACUGUGCAAGCAGUUUGUGCUUCUGGUAAGCUACUCUGCAAAAAGGAACUGUAAUUGCAACCAUAGCGAAAAUGUCAAAGUCGUAUCACUGUCAUAGGCUUUUUAGUUUAUUAUUUGUAAAAUAUAUGAACAUGUUUGCAAAAAAACACUUAUGUUCUCUCAACAUGUUCCAGGAGAAUCUAAAGACAUACCAAGGGCAAUCAUUUAGCAAUGCUAUAUUGUACACAUCAUUUUAAGUAAAGGACAAUGAUAUCGAAACAAAUGAUUUUAUCAUUGUUAUGUUUGUCAAGUGAUUUCAUAAAAAUACUACUUUGAAUCACAAUAACAUGGGUGAUACACUAAUACAUUUGUUUGAAUUUUACCCAAUGCUUUUCCGUGUACAUUAAGAAAUAUUAAAAUGUAAAUGUGUAUGUGUUAAAUGAACAUGAUCAAUAAAAUCAGAAAGGAUUUAAAGCCA